GUAUUUGGCCUCCACGCUCUGUUCUAGUUGUACCACACCACGCAUUGUUGUCGGUCUGCUCUUUUGGAUUGGCUACUUCAACUCUGCCUUGAAUCCAAUCAUUUAUGCUUAUUUCAAUCGCGAUUUUCGCGGCGCUUUCAAGGAAACGCUAAAGUCCUGCUGCCCAUACGACCUCAUAAAUUGUCGUGUCAGUGCGGGCGCUGACUUACCGCCAUACAUCAAUUCGACCGCCUCCUCCGAAAUACAUAUGAACAUUAUACGCACGCGGCAAUAUGCCACGGCGUCAUCGAAUCAGCUGCAAACGCUUUACCAAAAUUGAAAGCAGGACACACCGAUGAGUAUUAGUUAAUAUUGAAAGAAUGUAAGCCAGUGGUGAUAAGCAAGAAAUUAAGUAAAAAUUCAUACAAAAUUCAAGAAUGAUCCUGUACGUGCGAGGAAUAAAAUCCAGCAACCCAAUCAACUCAGCCAAACAAAAAAAGCAACCAAAGGAGCUCGAAAGUAAACAAUAAUAAAUAUAUUAUGUCUAAGUAUGUGUACAUAUACAUAUGUGUAAGUAGGAUGUAUGUGGUUUGUUAUUAGAAAUAAUUAGAUAAAUAAACAAAAAUAUGUUAUUACAUGUAAUGUACAUACUACUGCUUAGCUUAUAAGAAAUUAUAAUUUAAUUGAGUAAAGACACAACUUAGAAAAUACUCGUACAUACAUACUUGGUAAUACUUAGAGUUAAUACUAAGAGCUAAAAAUAUCUAGAUACUAUACAAGAAUGAUAGAAUACUGUGGUUAUAUACAUGUGUAUCUAUGUAUUUGUGAGCAUAACUAAUCAUAGUUUAAGUAAAUUCGAGGAUUUGGGUACUGUAUCGUAGUAAGUUUUUCGAGAAUAACAGACAGCAGUUUAUAAGCUACAAAAUAUCGCGACAAUCCCACAGAAUUGACAAAGCCUUGAAAGAUAUAAGCUAAUAAAAUACCUGCAUGAAUACUAGCAUACAUAUACAUACAUACUUACAUACAUUCAGAAAAAGAAAUGUGGAAAAAUGAUAGAACAUUUAUAUGCUAUGAUUAAAUAUAAUACAUAGAGUUCUGAGCGUAUUUAAAGCUUCGUUGAUACAAGUUAUACCCUACAUAUGAAAAAAUACGGAAAAUAAGUUUUUAAACAUAUUGAACUGCUGCCUUCUUUAUCAACAAUACCCACGGAGCCUGUGUACAUUGGGUUGCAACAUUAAAAAAUGUGGUAUAUUUUGUGUAUUGCUCCCUCCAGAAUAUUAUUUAUUCAGAAACAAUGUAUAUGUAUAGGUUAGGUUGGUUAGGUUGGUGUGGCAGUCAGAUAACAAACUCACUUAGACUUUGCAGGUCUAUUGCGAUACCGCUGCGAAGCACGGAACCUCAGUGACUAUUUUUCAUAGAACUAUUUUGAUGCUCUUCUAAAGCGUAGGGCUGAUUUUAUUCCUACAUCGGCUAAUUCUCUAAGAGAGCC